AUGGAGAUCUGUCCCCCUGAUCCACCUAAACGAACGCGGCAGCCGUCGAUUAUCGAGGCAAAAAAUAAAAUUCGCCUGGGCCAUGAUGCAUGCUGCAACUGUUGCUGCUGUUGCACACCGCAGCCUACAUGUUACUAUUACUGGAGAUCAAAUGUGCCCAUGGACAAAGAUACGAUAUAUCGACUGUCCUACUGGGAGGGUCCCAAUACCAUAAUCGAACCCAUUCGUCCCGAAGAUAAUCUGACUUGUGGCGACGCACCAAUGUCUGACGAAACGACGCACAAAAUGAGUUUUUUCGGCAACUGGUGCGUGAAACCAGAUUCACCAAUAACGCCUUGCGACAGACAGUGGCUGGGUAGAGGUCCGAUGGAAGAUGUUACGACACACAAACACGAUUAUUCGUGGAAAUGCGUGGAGCGUGAUGAACCUUUCAAGGCGCAGAAUAAUUUAUAUUCCCCCUGCGCUGCUUUGUCCGACGAUACGACGUAUCGCUUGAGCUACUACAAUUCUCCCUGCUUGCUUCCGGUACCUUCUUAUGCGCCCGACAGAAAAUAUGUCAAAUCGGAUGUACCAAUGGAAGAUUGUACAACGUACAAACUCAGCUAUUGGCCAAAUGAGCCUCCUGUAAAAGAGGAACAACCGUGGAGUCAAAAAAGAGAGUACUGUCGCCCGGUGACGCCGAUAGACGGAUGUACCACUUAUAAACUGAGCUACUGGCCCCCCUGUGGCGAGAAGCCUCCCGCACCUUCCUACAACGAAGAGACCGACAACUUGCUGAACGCCGGCUGCUGUUUCGACGACAACACCACGUACCGGCUAAGCUAUUUCGGGUGUGGCGGUGACAAGCCGCCGGAUCCCAUUCGCCAGCCUAGCAAUAUGAUUUUCUCGCCGUGUCCGCUCUCCCACGACACCGUCAAUCGACUGAGUUUCUUGGGUAACUGGUGCGUCAAACCGGAAACACCUAUUACGCCCUGCGAUAGACAAUUGUUAGGCAGAGGCCCGAUGCAGGAUAAAACUACUCAGAAGCGCGACUUCACCUGGAAACGCGUGAUACCGCCGACAGAGCUUCGACCCGAGAACAAUCUCACUUUCUCGCCCUUGCCUCUGGAUUCUUGUACGACUCAUCGAUUGUCUUACAUACCGAACAAUCGCGAGUGUCUGCUGCCCAUUAAAUCGUACGCGCCCAUACGCAAGUAUCAGACGUCCGAUAUUCCGAUGGAAUCCGAGACGACGAUGCGACUGAGUUACCAGCUCGUGGAACCAACAGAUCGUGUCGAGAAACCAUGGGCUGCGAUUGUGCCCUAUUAUCCACCCGUUGAUUCCAUGGAAGAUAAUACUACGUACAAUUUAAGUUACAUUCCGCCAGGAACACUUGUCCCACUGUCGUCUUGUUCUGCUUCUUGUUCUUCUCCCAACAACUACGAAGGUAAAUCGGGACAAAACGGGACGGGCCCGGUCUCCGAGUUUGCGGGUCAGGAGUUAAACGACCCGCGUUGGCAUUUACUUCUCACUUUCACUCAUCUCUUGAGAGCGCAUCGUCGAUUUCGUAGCAGAGAAACCGAUAAAUCCACUUUCGGAUUUGUGUUACACUCUUCCGCGUUAGCAGUGAUUCUGGGACUGGCGGUGGCGCAGGAUCCAAAUUAUCGCAAUUAUCAGCAGGACGACGGUCAUCAGACUGACAGACGACCUACAUCCACCACGCCCAUCCCGAUUCUGCACUGGAACAAACAACAGGAGCACGAUGGAACUUAUAAGACCAGUUACGAAACGGGCAACAACAUCAUCGCUGAGGAGAGCGGCUACAUUAAGACCAUCGGCGAGGGUGAGGACCGGGCGGAGGCGAUCGUGCAGCAGGGCACCUUUUCGUACACGAGUCCCGAGGGACAGCUGAUCACCAUUCACUACACCGCAGACGAGACCGGCUUUCACGCGCAGGGCGAUCACAUUCCCACGCCGCCGCCCGUCAGCGAGGAAAUCCAGAAAGGCCUCGACCUGAUCUACGCCGGCAUUCGUCAGCAAGAGGAGGAGGAUGCUCGCGCAGCGGCCCAAAAAGUACAGCAGCCAUUGAACCAGCAAAUCGACAGGCGGGACGAGUACAACAGAAAGUACUAACAACUUCCGUCGAUGCUCCGGCAAUACAGCGUAUUCGCAACACUGUAUCGUUAUUAAGAAGUAGCAAUUAAGUUGUUAAGUUACGUUACCCCCCCCCCCACCUUGCGUCCCAAAUACACUUUCUAUUGUAUGUAUGUUUUAUUAAGAGACAUCGAGAUUGGUAAGUCCGACUUUGUUCUACCGAUUCCUCCAUCACGCUGAUCACGUCGAUCCUUUCUCAACGUGAGAUCCUGACAUUCCCGAUAUGCACCAUUAAUGAUUAAUCUCCCUCUCCUUAUCUAUCUAUAUCUCUCUCUCUCCCUUGCGGCACCGCCAUUGCCACCGUAAUUGUGCUCUUCUGAGUGCUGGGAACUGACAUUUCUCGUUGUGUGUCGCGAUAAAGAAGAAUGUCACGGGAGCAGCUCGUACCGGCGAAACUAAUCCAUCCGUGAUUGUUUCUGCGUUUCAUUCAUGGUGCUAUGACUUUUAUAUGUCGCCGUAGAACAUUUCGUUUACAAUGUAUAAGAAGUUUUAUAGUUUCUCCUUUUAUAUUAUUAUGCACAGCAAGAAAAAGAAUUUUUCUAAAGCACCCUUUCUCUUUAACAUUUUAACUGUAUCAAUUUUUUAACGUUCCGUUUUAUACGUUAUAAUUUAUUUAAUGUCUAAUCACUUUUUCACCUCUGAGUUACCAUUGAAAAAUGUAUCUAUGAGAGCAUUAAAUACAGUUUCGAGAAA